AUGAAGCCCAUUCCUGCUUCUCUGGUCGCGGUAUCCUUGGCCGUUGGCUUUGCCAAUGCUCAAGACUACAGAAUCUCGACUGUCACCAGCACCACUACCUAUUCUACACAAACCAUCUCCAGCUGUACUUCGUCUGGCGGCCCUACGACUGUGACUAGCCUUCACCCAGGCCAGACUGUGUCAAGCUGUCCUCCUUCUGGCACUUCCACCGACAAUCCUGGUGGCAACCCCAAUAACAACCCAAGCAACCCUGGCGGUGAUCCUGACGGCAUUCCUGGUAAUCCCAAUAACCGCACUACUCUGACUAUCUCUGUCACCCCAACCCCAACUUCUUCCGUAAGCCCUACCACGUCGCCUACGGGGUCUCCAGGCUCCAACAAUGACAACCCCGGUGAUGGAUCGGGUAACAGCAACCCUUCCAAUCCAGGCUCAAACAACAAUGGUGGCGGUGCUGAUACCCCAGGCUCGAACAACAACAAUGGUGGUGGAUCGGGCAAUUUUACCACUACCGUCACUCUUUAUCCAACACCUACCGAUUCUCCCGACAACGGAUCAAGCCCGCCAUCUGAAAAUGGUUCGGGUGAUGGUGGAAACCCAGGCUCCAACAGCAACCCCGGUGGCUCUGGCAGCGGAGGAGAUCCUGGUUCGAACCCCGCAGGUGGCUCUGGUAAUGGCCAGCCUUCAGGCACAGGCUCUAGCACUGGUAACGGUCAGCCAUCGGGCAAUGGUUCUGGCAAUGGCAAUGGUAAUGGCCAGCCAUCGGACAGUGGUUCAAGCAAUGGAAAUGGUCAGCCAUCAGGCAACAGUCAGUCUUCAGGAAACAGCAGUGGCUCCGGCAACGGUCAAGGCUCAGACAAUGGCUCGGGCACUGGCUCAGGCAAUGGCCAACCUUCAAGCACCGGCUCUAGCACUGGUAACGGUCAGCCAUCGGGCAAUGGCUCUGGCAAUGGCUCAGGCGUCGGUUCCAGCAAUGGCUCAGGCAAUGGUCAAGGUUCUGGUUCUGGAAACGGCCAAGGCUCAGGUUCGGGAAAUGGUUCAGGCAACGGUGGAGGCAGUGGUUCUGGCAAUGGCUCCGGCUCCAGCUCAGGGCAAGGGGUAGGCGCUGGUAGUGCCAGCUCGACUGGCGGACAAGGUAGCGGCAGCGCCACUGCUUCAUCCACCAUGGCCGUCUACACCGGCGCAGCCGCUCAUGACGCUGCCCCUCGUAUGGCUGCAGGCUUGCUUCCAGCUCUCCUCUUCUACGUGGCUCAAUUUCUCUGA